CUUGAGGGAGGGAGGGAGGGAGGGAGGAAGGAAGGAAGGAAGGAGAGAGUUUGCUUGAACAGAGGAGGUCCAGGUGAGAGACUUGGCUAGUGAGCAAAGGGGCGUGUGAAUAUGUGGCUUCCUCCACUUGCGUUUUUCUUUUAUCCACCUCUGCCUUUUGGGGAGAGCAGUUCAAGGAAAAAUCCCCCAUCCUUAGACACCGUCUCUACCCAUUUCAGACCACCCCACCACCGAAUGCUCCGAGGUGUCUUUCCUGUCCGUGCCCUGUCCCGCUGCAUGGGAAGGAUGCCUUGCUCUCAUUAUUUUUUAACAAGCCCGCCUUGAACUUUCCCCUCUCUCUUCAUUUAAAACCCAGUCUGUCCCCCCUGUAUUUCCUUGGCUGUCAGUGCCGCUGUGAAACAGGACAGCCCAUUGCUGCCAGUGCUGGACAAACUGAUCAGACUUGUGCAUCUGAGCUGGGAUGACCCAUAGGACUUUAAAGGUCAGUACAUGAGCUACCUCAGUCACAAGAAGCAGGGAAGAGGCUCUCAGUGCUCAUUUGUGCCCACAGGUUUGCACCUCGGGUUGUCUGACUCCCCCUUUCCACCCUCUCUCUUUGGGGGUACCAGAGGCUUUGGUCCUUAAAUGUAGCUUUCCGUUCCAGUGCGUCCUGCCUCAGAGCCAGGUCCACCCCUGUUUGCAGCAGUUUUUCCACCCCCCAGGCUCAAGAGCACAGAGCAUCAACUCAGCUGGCAGGCUCGAAUUCACCUGCAGUGCUGGGGAGCGUGGUGUCUGGGUAGCUUAGAGCAGGAGCUUGCAAGCCAGAGUGGUCGCCAGUGGCAGAAGAAAGGGUGCGGUACUGUGUGCUGCUUGUCUGGCGGGGAUCAGAGCACAGGUAAUGUCGGCUAUCACCUCUCUGCCUUGGUUGAGGAUUUGCACGCAAUAGGGGAGCUCUCAGCAGUGCAACGGGCAGUCUGUGCGGCUGCAGCACGGACAGGAGCCUCUGCGGGAGUGAAGAGCGUGGCCCACAGCCCAGGCCUUGGCCCUCCCGGCAACCCGAGCUGUGCCUGCAGCGUGGGCAGAAACCAAGGUCAGGCUGAGCAACCCAGUGCCUCGUUGCCUGAGCUGCGAGCCAGCAAAAGCAACCCGUGAAAAAAGACAAGGCCUUGCCCAGGCCGGGCGAGACAAAGUGCCUUCAGUGUGACGGAGGCGUGGGAACGGCAGAGCCCUAGGGUGGAAGGCUCUGCUGAAGGACAAGGUGUUCCUGUUUUGGCAAGGCUGUGUCACACGGUGCUUUCGGCGCCAGAGCUGAAGCCGGCUCCCCUGCUGCCCGCAGACACUGCCCAAACUAGCUGCUCUUUCUCCGUCUCUCUCUCUCUUUUUUUUUUUUUUUUUUUAAUUUGCUUUGAGCAUGAAGGGGCUUUAAAAAACUUUCCAAAUGAUAAUCCCAGCGACACUUCACCACGGCCAGGUUAACACACUGCAAUGCAGAUGUGAAAAGGGGGAGUUGCUUGCUUGCUCGCUCACAGAACAAAUGAAGGCAGGAAGUAUAGGAGACCCCAUCGACGUAGAGCCGCAGGAGAAAUCUUAAGGAGACAAAAAAGGAAUUGCCUCAGCUCAGAGUUCACGGCGUCCAGACGAACGCACUGACGUGUAAUGAGCAUUGAGCAAGAAACUGAGUCCAUGCUUGGGUGUAGGUAGGGAAGUGGCCAUUUGCUUGCUUGUUUUCCAGAAGCACUGAGCCCCUUUCAGAGAUGGUGGGUUUAUUUAAAUGCCCAAGCAAGUGUUUCACUUAAGGUUGAUGGUCCCCGAGUGCUCUGGCUCAUCCGACUGUCUGAGAGACAGGUGGAGGAGAGAUGAAGCCCUGUUUCCAGUGUGCCUGGGUCCUGGCCCUGUGUUAUGUGACCCCGGCAGUCUUUCCUGCCCAGAGCCGGGGGGCUGGCCCCGAUGAUCUCACGAGGUCCCUUCCAGCCCUGAACAUCUGGAACCUGUGAAUCCGCUAUCUUCUCUCUCCCAGUGUAGCAUAGACAGGCAUUUUCCAAAGGCAGCGGGGGCCCGGCUCCAGCUGACAAGCCCAGCCUUUGUCUGCAGUAGCAUGGCCAGAUCUGGCCAGUCCCAGGAGGGGCAGGUCCUGUUUGCAGAACGGGCAUUGCCAGUUCCCGUGUAGCCAAGACACGAUGUCGGGGGGGGGUGGCCGUGUUUACUUGUGAAAGGAGAGCUGAGCUGGGUGAACGUGUCUGUGCACCCCGGCACUUCACCCAGGGCUAGUGCUAUAUCCCCUCCCUAUAUCCUGCUCUGGGCUCAGCCAGGGAGCCCCUCCUCAGAGCCGCCUAGACUAUGGGGCUGUUUUUGUGAAUAAGCUGAUGAUCGUGUGGGAGUGAACGGAGCUGCUGGGCGCCAGACUGAGAGACGGCGUGAGAAAGAUCAGAGGAAGCUAUAGGAAGAGGUUGUUCAGUGACGAAGAACUGCAGUGAUGGGCUAGGACCUGCUUUGCUAGGCACCGUACCAACACAGAGCCAGGAGACAGACCCUGAUCCCUCCAGCGAGAUCAAUCCGUGCUCAAAGCAAGCAGCUGCUGCCACAGGCUGGGAGUUGACCACAGGUGCCGAAACAUUAAGCCCAGCUCUCCCGUGCAGCAAAACAUCUCAUGAGCACCAAGGCAGAUGAAGGACCGGAAAGCCUAGUGCAAAAUGCAUGCGAGUACCUCAGCCAGCGACCCGAGUCACGACCAGCGUCCACGAACUAUGGGCUAAGGAUUUCCCAGCCUCGGGGCUGCCAGCUGUGCUGCCACCCGCCUGACUUGUUACGUACCCAGCCAGUUCCUCGGCUUCACGUGAGGAGGGGACGCUGGCCAACAAAUGGUCUCUGUGAGUCGCAGCGAGCCACUACCCGCUUCCGACUCCCCGACUGACUCGCUGAGCACCCCUCAGCGAGACAGCAUUACUGCAGCUCUUCAGACCAAGAUGCCGCCCUCGAUGCUGCUGGAGAGCUGCAAUGAGGGGGUGCCCAGUGUACCAGAGGGCUCCGCUGUUCUGUUUCCAGAUGGCAUUGGCCCCGUGCAAGAUGCUCCUCUCCCUCCGUCCAAGUUUAAGAAGGAGGGUGAGAAACCCCAAGCCACCAUCUAUGAGGCACACUUGAAGCUGCCUGACUUCUGUUCCAGCCUCUCCCGGGACUUCAUCCCCACCCUGGAGGAGAUUGAGGAGUUCUUGAAGGAGAAGAUGGAGCUCCUCAAGGAGGAACUGGGUGAGAAGCAGCCGGUGGGAGGCAAGCUCGAGUUCAAGUCGGAGAUCAACCUGGGAAACUCUGGGGUGCAGCUCGUGCCCAGGAUGGUCACGGAGGGGGAUACAUCAAGCCCAACCCAGGCUGUGUUGGUGCCCGGGGCCACGGAUCUGGUGACAGCUCUCGGGAGCAUCCCUGUUAUCCUCCAGAUCCAGCCCAUCCAGGGGAACCGUGCGAGCCCCCCUCCCCAGGAGGCUUUGGGGAGCAUCAAGGUGGCACACUUGGUCAUCAGCGUGCAGGGCCAAAGCCUGACCCUUCUCCCUCAGGCUGCCGAGCCCCCUGGGACUGUCUCGAAUCAGAAGUACAUCAAAAUUGCCCCCCUGCCUGUGGCUCUGAGGCCCGGGGAGCUGGGGGCUGUGCGAGCGGCUGAGGCCACCCCCAAGUGCCAGAAGGCUGCCUCUCCCAUUCUCCGUGUCCACCAGUGCUCCCACCCCGGCUGCAGCAAGACAUACACCAAGAGCUCCCACCUCAAAGCACAUUUCCGGCGCCACACUGGAGAGAAGCCUUACAUCUGCCUGUGGCCCAACUGUGACUGGAGGUUCUCCCGGUCGGACGAGCUAUCCCGCCACAAGCGCUCCCACUCCGGGGUCAAGCCCUACCAGUGCAUGGCCUGCGAGAAGAAGUUUACCCGCAGCGACCACUUGGCCAAGCACAUGAAGAUCCACAAGAGCCAGCGCGGAGCUGGGAGCCGGACAGCUCAGGGCAUUGGCAGCAGUUAACCCUCUUGCUCCUGCCUGAUGUUGCCGGGGUGGAAACCAGCUGAGCCAGAGGCUGAACAGCAGUGCAAGCAGCCUCUCCUUUGGCAGGAGAGGGAAGGGACUCUUUGUGUAGGCUGUGGACGAUCCAAGGUCUAUCUCUGCCCAGUAGUGCCUUAUAGUCGGGGCCUGUCUCUGAUGGAGCCGUGUCCCCUCUAAAUACAUAUCAUAUACAUGAUAGAAGCCUCU